CCGCGCCCGCCUGCCCGAGGUGCCGGGGGGCGGCGGGGGGAGGCCGGCGCGGCCCGAAUUCCCGGGGCGCAUUCAUCCCGUGCCCAAAUGUGCCCUUGUUUUCCUCUAGGACUGUGACGGAGGCCGGGAAUUGAGCCCCGAGGGGAAACAAAUGAGACAUUUGUUUGAUUUUAGUGCUGGAAUAACAAGCUCAAGGCUGUGGCUGUUACAGCAGCUGGUAACAACAUGAGCAUUUAAUUCGUAUCUGCAACUUAAGAAGAAACUUACACACCCAGCCUUAUUCUUCCCUGUCCCCUCUGUGCCACUGAGGCCAACUCUGGCUUGUCCUUGCUUCUGAUUACCUUGGCUGGAGGAAUCAGCCAUGGCUGAUGACUCUCAGAGAAACUUCCGUUCAGUGUAUUAUGAAAAGGUGGGAUUUCGUGGAGUUGAAGAAAAGAAGUCGCUGGAAAUUCUGCUGAAGGAUGAUCGUUUGGAUAUUGAGAAGCUUUGCACAUUUAGUCAAAGGUUUCCUCUUCCAUCCAUGUAUCGUAUACUGGUGUGGAAAGUGCUUCUAGGAAUUAUUCCUCCUCACCACGAAUCUCAUGCUUUGGUGAUGAAGUACCGGAAGGAGCAGUACUGGGAUAUUCACCAUGCUCUCCGUGUGAUUCGCUUUAUUAAUGAUUCUACCCCACAGGUUGAUGUUUUCCUCCGCAUACAUCAACUGGAAUCAGGAAAACUGCCUCGAAAUGUAGCUUUUCCCUUGAUACCUGUCAUCAUCGUGCAGCUGCUGCCCGAUGUCUUGUUUAGGAACAUCAGAACAGCUUUUUGUGAACCUGAAGAUGAAGUGUUUCUUGCUAUUGCUAAAGCAAUGGAGGAAAUGGUAGAGGAUCCUAUAGAAUGCUAUUGGCUUGUCAGUUGUUUUGUGAAUCAGCUGAACAGCAAGCACAAAGAUUCAUUACAACAGCUGCCAAAAAUUCUGGAGCAGUAUUUGAACAUUGAAGAUAACAGACUACUGAUGCAUCUGAAGGCAUGUUCUGCAAUGAGCAAACUCCCCUAUGAUCUUUGGUUUAAAAAGUGUUUUGCAGGAUGUUUACCUGAGUCCAGUUUACAGAGAGUCUGGGACAAAGUUAUAAGUGGAUCCUGCAAGAUUCUUGUGUUUGUUGCUGUGGAGAUAUUAUUAACCUUUAAAAUGAAGAUAAUAGCACUGAAUUCUGCAGAAAAGAUCACACAGUUUUUGGAAAAUAUUCCUCAGGACAACACGGACGCCAUUGUCAGCAAAGCUGUGGAUCUGUGGCGCACUCACUGCGGCACUCCGGCACACUCAGUCUGAGAACUCUCAUGGCUUGUGACAGCUUGGGAAAAAACCUGACUUUCCAAAAGACAUUUUACCACCCUUCCCCCAUCCUAGUGUGAUGUUCUUCAUUAACCCUUUUGUGUAAAGAUGCUGUUAAAGCAUGGUGACCAAUAUGUAAAUAUUUUUCAAUAAAUACAGAUGGAAUGAA